UGUAGAGAGGAGAAGAAAAAGUUAGACAGCAUGGUUAUAAGCAGCAUGGAAGUUUGUUGUUGUGCUCCUCCUUCUGUGUAGCUGUUCAAAGGCAUUCUCUUUUCACAAUUUUCCAUAUAAAGAGUCAACUUCACCCUCGGUGUCCCGGACUUAUUGUGUGGAGUUGUUUAGUUUGCUGGAUAGCUGAAUUAGGACAUUCUGUGAAGCCAGUACAGUGAAAAGAGAGACUUGUGAAGAGCUACUGAUGACCAAACUGCAGUAUUGUGCUGGCAGCCCGAACCAGUACGACAACUGCAACGUCGCUAGGAAGGAUUGAGGUAAAACACAUCCAUAGUAGCCAUGGACAGAGCAAAUGCAUCAGUCAGAUCAUCAGAUUCCCAUAUGAGUAGUGCUUCAUGUAAAGUUGCAUUGGCAGCAGCCACAGCACGUGCCAGAGCCCAAGCUGCGCAUGCAAGAGCUGCUUAUUCACGUAAAGAGAUUGAAUUAAAGAUGGAAAAAGCCCGUCUUGAUGCAACACUCAUCGCCUUAGAAAGGGAGAGAGAGGCAGAAGCCGCCAUGGCUGAAGCAGCAGUAAUGGAGGCUGCAGCCGUAGACUUUGAAGAUGAGUGCCGCAGUCGUGGACCAGAGUUACUGCCCAGGCAAAGUGCAGAACGGCGUACUGAGGAAUAUGUAGAAAGACACAGCCAUCUCAGUGGCAGCUCACAUUCACUCGAAGAUUUACACUCAUGUGAGGAGCAAAUACCCCUCAAUCCCAGUGCUUAUGUAUCUGUAUGUGGAGAUAAGGAAGGUGAACUCCCAACUCCUGAUCACCAUCAGCAAUGUGACCAUUUCGCAGAUGGUAACCCCCAUGUGGGCGAUGUUCGUGCGAAUACACAAGUGUGUACUGAGCCGAUGAGUACCCAGCUGCAUGCAGGCUUACCUGCUCACACACCCCGGCGUGCUGAACAAAGCGCGCUCAGGUCAGGCUUACCUGCUCACACAUCCAGGCACGCUGACCACAGUCCACUCAGGUCAGGCUUACCUGCUUACACCUCCAGGCGUGCUGACCACAGCGCACUCAGGUCAGGCUUACCUGCUCACACAUCCAGGAACGCUGACCACGGUCCACUCAGGUCAGGCUUACCUGCUCACACGUCCGGGCAUGCUCACCACAGCCCACUCAGGUCGGGUUUACCUGCUCACACAUCCAGACACGCUGACUACAGCCAUUUCAGGCCAGGCAUACCAGUUUAUACACACAGGCACAACGACCACAGCCCCACUACAUCUAGGGCUGCACACUGCCCCAGCGACACAGCCACAUCUGACUUAGCGAGGUACCUAGCACGAAGUCAGCUAGUGUCAUCAGGACUAACCAGGUUUGAUGAUAAGCCAGGAAAUUACUUAUCCUGGAAGAGCUCAUUCCUGAACACCAUUGACAGCCUAGAUCUUACAGCAGGAGAAGAGAUGGAUUUAUUAAUAAGAUGGCUAGGCCCAGAAUCUGCAGCACAUGCAAGGCGUAUUAGAUCAGUGAAUGUGAGAGAUCAAGCAGCAGGCUUAUGGCUUGUGUGGGAGAGACUGGAGGAGAUGUAUGGCUCACCUGAAGCUAUAGAGGGCGCUCUCUUCACUAAACUCGAUCAAUUCCCCAAAAUAUCAAACAAGGAGCAUCAUAAACUUAGGGAGCUGUCUGAUUUGCUGUUAGAGAUUCAUUCUGCAAAACGUGAAGGAUACUUACCUGGCCUAUCCUAUCUCGACACAGCAAGGGGCAUAAACCCAAUAGUGGAGAAACUGCCAUACACGCUCCAGGACAAGUGGGUAAUGGAAGGCUCCCGAUACAAACAAGAAUUCAGGGUCCCUUAUCCUCCAUUUGAAUUCUUUUUACAGUUUGUACACAGGCAAGCAAAGGCACGCAAUGACCCAAGCUUUAGUCUUCCUCUCUUAAGUACAGCAGUCAGGAAAGAUAAGUUCAGUGAAAGCAGCCGAAGGACAGUUUCUGUGCAUAAAACUGACGUUGCACACUCCGAUUCCGCAUCCACUGCCGAAGACUCAGAGAAGCAAUGUCCUAUGCAUCAAAAACCACACUCCCUGCAAGUGUGCCGCGGCUUCAGGGAAAAGCUAAUGGAUGAACGAAAGAGAAUACUAAAGGAGAAUAACAUAUGUUUUAAAUGCUGCGCGUCAAAUAAGCAUGUAGCCCGAGACUGUGAGGCAGCCAUCAAAUGUGCUGAGUGUGACAGCCAUAGACACCCAACAGCGCUGCACCCAGGCCCAGCUCCGUGGGUCUCCAAGACCUCUCCACCCCCAUCAGGGAAUGGCGGGGAGAGCGAUGAAGCAUUAGAAACUGCUGUGGUUUCCAAAUGCACGGAGGUAUGUGGGGAAGGCUUCAAUGGCAAAUCAUGCUCCAAGAUAUGUCUUGUGACGGUCUACCCGGCAGACUGCCGCAACCAGGGCAAAGGGAUGUACGCCGUGCUGGAUGACCAAAGCAAUAGGUCGCUGGCACGCUCAGAGUUUUUUGAUAUCUUCCAUGUAGGCGGGCCCACAUACUCUUACACUCUAAAAACCUGCUCUGGUGUUGGUGACGCGUCCGGCCGCCGAGCUACAGGCUUCGUCAUCGAACCUGCAGAUGGUGACAUCAGCCUAACUCUGCCCACACUCCUGGAGUGUAACAUGAUUCCCAACAACAGAGACGAAAUCCCCACUCAAGCCGCCGCGCACAGCCACCCUCACCUCAGAGCUAUAGCCAAUGAAAUACCAGAAGUGGACAUGAAUGCUGAGAUCCUGCUGCUUCUGGGCAGGGACAUGCUGAGAGCACACAAGGUGCGUAAACAGAUCAACGGACCACAUGACGCACCCUACGCACAGAGGCUGGACUUAGGAUGGGUCAUAGUUGGCGAUGUGUGCCUGGGCAGCACACAUCGGCCUCCCGAAGUCACCAGCAUGAAAACAUACAUCCUUGAAAAUGGCAGGCCAAGCCACUUUCCCCCAUGUGAGAACCACUUGAAGGUAAAGGAGAAAAUCUGUUCCCCUAAUCAGCCCCAGCCUGUCAGCCGUGUGACAUACAGUGACAACCUGGGCCUAUCGGUUUUCCAGCAAACCAAGGAUGAUCACAAGCUUGCGCCAUCAAUGGAAGAUCUCCUAUUCCUUGAAACAAUGGAAAAUGAAUUCUUCCAGGAUUCGGCUAACAGUUGGGUGGCCCCGCUAUCGUUCCGCCAACCCAGGAUGUGUCUGCCUAAUAACCGCCAAUAUGCCAUGGGUCGGCUGAAGUCUCUGCACCGAACACUCAACAAAAAUCCAGAGAUGAAAUCUCAUUUUAUGGACUUUAUGCAAAAAAUGCUGGACAGCCACCACGCAGAGCUUGCUCCUCCCAUGCAAGAUGGGAAGGAGUAUUGGUACCUGCCCUUUUUUGGUGUCUACCACCCACAAAAACCCUCACAGAUCCGUGUGGUGUUUGAUUCGAGUGCACAGUUUGAAGGCAAGUCACUCAACAACGUGCUGCUCUCUGGGCCGAACAUGAACAAUAGCCUGCUAGGGGUUCUUAUAAGGUUCAGGAAGAACUCAGUUGCAUUCACAGCUGACAUACAACAAAUGUUUCAUUGUUUUCUCGUCCGAGAAGACUGCAGGGAUGUUCUACGCUUUCUCUGGCACAGAGAUAAUGACCUGAGUAAAGAGGUGGUUGACUACAGAAUGAGGGUGCAUGUCUUCGGAAACAGUCCCUCUCCUGCUGUGGCCAUCUACGGAUUACGAAGAGCUGCCCACCAGGGAGAAGAACUGUAUGGCAGUGAUGUGCGGUACCUCACUGAUCGAGAUUUCUAUGUGGAUGAUGUCCUCAAGUCCGUCUCCACCGUGGAGCAAGCAGUCGAUCUACUCAAAAGAACACAGAAGAUGCUGGCAGCCUCCAACCUCCGGCUCCACAAGGUAGCCUCCAACAAAGCCGAUGUGAUGGAUGCAUUUCCAGUUGAAGAUCGCGCCAAAGACAUCCAGGAUCUUGACCUGUUUGUAGAUGACUUACCAGAUCAGCGAAGCCUCGGGGUGAAAUGGAGCCUCAUGUUAGACCACCUUACCUUUCAUGUUCCUCAGGACGAAAGCCCUUACACACGCAGGGGCGUACUUUCAAUGGUGAACAGCCUCUUUGACCCAUUGGGGUUCUUGGCACCAGUGACUAUCCAGGGUCGGCUAUUGUUAAGAGAGCUGUCAGCACAGGCCUCGGACUGGGACUCACCCCUCCCUGAGGAAAUGCGUGAGAAAUGGACAGAGUGGCGAAGCUCACUGAGCCAUCUCAGCAGCAUUCAUGUGCCCCGCACAUACUUUUCCAUUCCCCCCUCUGAGAUACAAAGCAUUGAACUAUGCGUCUUUUCUGAUGCAUCUGUCAAAGCCAUAUCUGCUGUUGCCUACCUGAGAGUCACUAGCACCAAAGGGACAGUAGAACUGGGAUUCGUCAUGGGUAAAGCGCGGCUCGCCCCUCAGCCCAAACUCACAAUCCCCAGGCUUGAACUGUGCGCAGCGGUCAUGGCUGUUGAAAUCGCAGAGGUAAUAAGUGAAGAAAUAGACCUCCCACUCAACUCCGUCAUCUUUUACACAGACAGCAAGGUUGUCCUGGGCUACAUAUUCAACCAGUCAAGGCGCUUCUAUGUAUACGUAAACAACAGAGUUCAGCGUAUAAGACAAUCUACCAUGCCUGAACAAUGGCAUUAUGUGCCAACGGAUCGGAAUCCUGCAGACCAUGGCUCACGCUCUGUUCCAGCCUCAAGACUCGGCAACACCUCAUGGCUCACAGGCCCCUCGUUUCUCCUCAACUCUAAGCUUCCACCUGAGCAGCACACAGAGUUUGACCUUAUCAACCCCGAUAAGGACGUAGAAAUCCGCCCUGAAGUCAAAACCCUAUCCACACACGUCACUGAGAGCUUCCUUGACUCCAAACGCUGGGAGCGCUUCUCCACAUGGAGAUCACUGAUCCAUGCUGUGGCCAAACUCAGACACAUAGCCCUGUGUUUCGCUCACUCACAGAAUGAUGGAGACUGUGCUGGGUGGCACAUCUGUAAGAAGGCCAUCUCCAGUGGUACUCUCGAAGAGGCAGAGAACCUUGUCAUCUGGAGUGUGCAGCAUGAAGUCUAUGGAGAGGAGUUCCGUUGCAUCACUGCGAAAUGUGACCUCUCCAAGCAAAGCCCACUCAUCAAGUUGAAUCCCACCAUCGACAGCAGUGGCCUACUGAGAGUAGGUGGUCGUAUCAGUCAGUCAGGCCUUGAAGUAAAGGAAACAAACCCCAUCAUCUUACCUGGCAGUCAUCACAUCACCACUCUUAUUGUACGACACCAUCAUGAGAGAGUGCAGCACCAGGGCAGGCACUUUACAGAGGGCGCUGUCAGAGAGAGCGGCCUGUGGAUAAUGGGAGCAAAGAGGUGUAUUGGGAAGAUAUUAAACAAAUGUGUGAUUUGCAGACGACUCAGAGGCAAGAUUGAGGUGCAGCAAAUGAGUGAACUACCUGCAGAUCGUCUUCAGCCAGGCCCCCCUUUCUCACAUGUGGGCAUGGACAUAUUCGGGCCAUGGGAAGUGUCCGCAAGGAGAACACGCGGGGGUCAGGCUAAUAGUAAGAGAUGGGCAAUCCUGUUCACCUGUUUAUGCACAAGGGCUGUCCACAUCGAAGUGGUUGAAGAGAUGAGCGCUUCUAGUUUCAUCAAUGCUCUGAGGCGUUUCUUUGCGCUGCGUGGCCCAGCCAAACAGUUGCGCUCAGACUGUGGGACCAACUUUGUUGGUGCAUGCCGAGAAAUGGGCAUCAGCAUUGUAGAGCAGAGUGAAGUCCAGAAUUAUCUGCAAGAAGAAAAAUGUUCUUGGAUCUUUAACCCACCCCAUUCAUCCCACAUGGGUGGAGUGUGGGAACGCAUGAUCGGCGUUGCACGACGCAUACUGGACAGUGUGCUGCUGCGUGCUGGACAAGCACAUCUUACGCAUGAAUCACUCACCACUUUCCUUGCCGAGGUCACAGCCAUAAUUAACGCUCGUCCUUUGAUACCAGUCUCAUCUGACCCUGAGCAUCCCCACAUUCUGUCACCCUCCAUCCUGUUGACCCAGAAAUCAGGUACAUCAGUUCCACCUUUGGGAAGCUGCAGUCCAAGGGAGAUCUUAAAGAAUCAGUGGAAACGUGUACAGCUGCUGGCUGACGAGUUCUGGAAUAGGUGGCGCAAGGAGUAUCUUGGCACUCUGCAGUCACGGCACAAGUGGCAACACAAGAGACCAGAUCUCAAGCCAGGAGACGUUGUUCUUCUCAAGGAGAAACAGGUCAGGAGGAAUGAGUGGCCUAUGGGGGUUGUCGUUAAGACAGUCCCAAGCCAGGAUGGAGUAAUAAGGAAGGCUGAAGUCAAGAUUGUUCAGCAAGGAACAACAAAGAACUAUUAUAGACCUAUUUCAGAACUAGUGUUCCUUCUAUCCCCAGAGUAAGGUAUCAUUCUAAUGUGUUAUGGUAUCUCUAAGAUACCAGACGGGGAGUGUUCUGGCCCUACCAGCAGUUCUUAUGUUAAAGUAUGCAGAGACUUUUAUUUUGCCUAUUGUUUACACCCCACAUUGUAGCUGCAGGAAAUCUGUAGAGAGGAGAAGAAGAAAAAGUUAGACAGCAUGGUUAUAAGCAGCAUGGAAGUUUGUUGUUGUGCUCCUCCUUCUGUGUAGCUGUUCAAAGGCAUUCUCUAUGCUGGCCUCUUCUGCCCCUCGGACCUGCUUGAUCCAUCCUGGUGCCCUGUGUCUGGUUGGAGUUUUAUCACACCGCUCCUGUGAAGGACGGCCCCAUGAGGACAGUUGAGGGUUAUACCUGUUAAAACUGUUAAUAUUAUAGUCAGGCUGUCUGUUGUUGCCCAAAUGAGGAUGGGUUCCCUUUUGAGUCUGGUUCCUCUCGAGGUUUCUUCCUCAUGUCGUCUGAGGGAGUUUUUCCUUGCCACCGUCGCCACAGGCUUGCUCAUUGGGGAUAGAUUAGGGAUUAAAUUAGCUCAUGUUUUAAGUCGUUCAAAUUCUGUAAAGCUGCUUUGCGACAAUGUUUAUUGUUAAAAGCGCUAUACAAAUAAACUUGAUUUGAUUUGAUAUUAUAGGAUAUAAUAGUUCUGAUAAUAUCCACAUGCCCAAUUUGACCCUGUGGUGUAGCACCACCAUUUGGAACCGGACAGUAAUGACUCCAUUGCCAGAAAACUCAAACUCAUGAAAUUUGGUACACAUAUCAGGCCUGGCCACUGGUACUCAUGGAUAGAUGCUUAACCCCAGGUGUGUCUAUAGCAUCCCCACACGUCAUUGAGACUUCUGCCUGGUAUAUAGUUUCACCCAUCAGUGUCAAAAUUGGUAGGUGUGUGGGGUGCCCCAAGAUGAACAAAACUGAAAUGUGCAUUGUUUUAGCCAACUGACUUGCUACAGGAUUUGGGAUAUUUUGCAUGAUGUUGAAAUGGUGAACCAAUAAAUUUAUACAUUACUCCAAGCAAACAGGAAGUGUGUCAUAAAUUCACCAUGCAGUGUCUGAUAUGGCUAAAACUUCACAGGUUAUAGGAUAUUAUAGGAUAUAAUGGUUCUGAUGACAUCCCCAUGCCCAAUUUGACCCUGUGGUAUAGCGCCAUUAUUUGGACCAGGACAGUAAUGACUCCAUUACCAAAAAAUUAAAACUUGUGAAAUUUGGUUCACACAACAAUCCUGGCAACAACUACUCAGGGAUGGGACUGAAUGUGUCUGGGGGACUCCAUAGCGCCCCGUAUGUCAUUGAGACUUCUGCCUGGUGUAUAGUUUCACCUAUCUGGAUCAAAUUUGGUAGGUGUGUGGAGUGCCCCUAGAUGAACAAAAUUGCAAUAUAUAUUGCAUCAGCCAUACUCAACAGGAAGUGAGAUAUUUUUGGGUUUGUGCGUUUUGACAUAUGUUACAUUUUAACACACUUCUUGCAAGAUGUUGAAAUGGCGAAAUAAAUUUAUGUUACACCAUGCAAACUGGAAGUGUGUCA